CGGGAAGUUGGGCCUGUUGAACAAUUAUCACUUUUAGGACUGUCGCGGCCACCAACGAAUGAUCACAGCGACAAGAGGACCAUGAUGUGGUUUCAAACAGCGCUGGUGCUCCUCGCGUCUUGCGCCACCAAGUCGUUGGCCAUUUUCGCUGAUGAAGUCAAUCAUCUCGAUUAUCACCACGAGCUCCUCGGUACCCCAUCCUCGCAGUCAACUUUCUUCCACCGACCGUCCUCUACUUCGAAUGCCUCGUUGCUAUAUACUGUGUCAGAAAACCUAGUUGUUGCAGCCGUGAACCCGAAAGAUGGAACUAUUGUUUGGAGGCAAGACCUAGCACAUUGGACUACAACCGCGAAACAUGGUGAAGGAUUCCUUCGUGCUAGUGAUGGAGAGUCUACAGUCGUCAGCGCGGCUGGAGAUAUAAUUGUAUCCUGGGGGGCAACAGAUGGAAAAUUGGCUUGGAAAGUGAGGCCAGUUGAAGGAGUUGUGAAAGAUUUGGAGUUGCUGGAGCUUGAAGAUGGCCGCACAACUGAUGACGUGCGGGAUGUGCUCGCAUUGUCUGGAGAUAAAACAAGCACUGUUCAAAGGUUAGACGGCACUACAGGGAAGGCUAAGUGGGCGUAUAAGGAUGACAGCGGAGAUGUUCCCUUCCAAGUGUCUUCGUCCUCAACAGAAAUAUUCUACAUUUCCCUCCAGUCGGCUUUGCUUAAAGGCAAUAAGAUCAGAGUGACAGUUUUAGACUCCCGGACUGGACGUCAGACUCGAAAUUAUGUUCUAAGCUCUGAAAGCGAAGUUUCUGGGCCCGGAUCUAUUCUCUACGUUGGUGCGAAUACCGCCUCGCCUUUCAUUGCGUGGGCAGAUAAAUCCAACAAAGCUCUGAAGGUCAACAUCUUGGGUUCGAAGAACGUCAAUACACUAAACAUUGAAAACGCUACUGGUGAUGAGAUCAGUAAAAUUUCGGUACACGGGCCCGAGGGUCUGAAUUGCCUUCCUCACUUCCUGGUCCAUUACGAAACGGACACGGAAUCAUGGGCAGAGGUCUAUCAUAUCGAUUUAAAGUCCUCUUCCAUUUCAAAAGCCUACCAAUUACCGCGUUUGGGUGGGAUUUCCGUCUUCGCCGCCAGCCACAAAGCCGCGAAUGUUUUUUUCACUCGGAUUACCGAUUCCGAGGUUUCUGUUGUUGGUUCAGUCUCACAUGGAGUUCUCGGCAGGUGGCCUUUCAAAAAUUCUAGCGGCGAAACCAUAAAGCAUGCUCUUGCAGAGGUCGUUAGUAAAGGGACUUCGGCUGUUGUUCGAUUCGCCUACGUACUAGAAUCUGGGGAUUGGAAAUUGAACCGAAAUAGUGGAACCGACUGGACUAGGCAUGAGUCUCUUUUUGGUGCAGUUGCAGCUGGUUGGGCCGAACCCAACAGUAGCGAGGAACUCGUUCACGAGCUCGAACUUGAAGGUCACGAGGAUAUCCUUUCUGCCUACAUUCAUCGCGUGAAGCGCCAUACUAGAGAUCUCCAACAUCUUCCUAAAUGGCUUCAGGAACUGCCGGGACGUAUUUUCACAAGCUUUAUAUCCGCUGAAGUCACCAAUCUUGACAGUUUUGGUCUCCGAAAGUUGGUUCUAGUAGCGACAGAGAGGGGUCGUGUUAUAGCUAUUGAUACAGGAAACCACGGUGCUGUUGUCUGGAACACCAAAGUUGCAGAUACGACGAAUUGGAAUGUCAAAGCCAUCAAGACCGCAUUCAAACUGGCUACCGUCUAUAUCGAGGAUGGAAGCUCUGUCUCUCUCAAUGUGACAACUGGGGAGAUCAUUUCACACCAAGAAAGUAACUCCAAUGUUCAGUCUGUUGCAUAUAUUCCGGAUGAAUCCAGCACAGGCACCAUUACUAUUGGUGUAGCCAAGGAUGGCACUCCUUCUGAACCUCUACACAGCUCGGAUUACUUAGUCACUCUAAGCGACGAUGGCCGAGUUCUUGGAUGGAUUUUAGGAGAUAACAAAACCCCAGUGUGGCAGUUCUUACCCCCCCACGGUGAGCGAGUCAUUCAUGCAACAUCAAGGCCAUCCCAUGACCCCGUCGCAUCUAUUGGCAAAGUUUUGGGGAACAGGUCAGUCCUUUAUAAAUAUUUGAACCCGAACCUAGCUCUUGUUACUUCAGUAGGACAUAGCUCUGUCACUUUCCACCUACUUGAUGCGAUCUCUGGCAUAAUUCUCUACUCUAGCACCUAUACGGGUGUUGACAUAACGCAACCGAUUACGUCUGUAAUCUCAGAAAACUGGUUUGCAUGCUCGUUCUGGGCCGAUUUGACGAACCGUUCCGAGUCCAAGGGUUAUCAGCUCGUGGUUUCGGAACUCUAUGAGUCUCCAGUUCCUAACGACCGUGGUCCGUUGGACUCCGCUUUAAAUUAUUCUAGUAUUUCUGGGGAAAAUCCUUUGCCCAGACCUUAUGUGUUAUCUCAGGCCUUUGUUAUUCCAGAACCCAUUUCGCAUAUGGCUGUAACACAGACUCGCCAAGGCAUUACUGUACGCCAGCUCAUCUGUACACUCCCGUCAUCGAACUCGAUCGUCGGUAUUCCCCGAAAUGUCCUCGACCCUCGUCGCCCUGUUGGCCGGGAUCCCACUGCGGGUGAAACAGAAGAGGGUCUAUUCAAAUAUAGCCCUUACCUUGAAUUUGACGGCAGAUGGUACUUGACCCAUUCGCGGGAUGUCGCAGGCAUCCAAAAGGUCAUUUCCUCUCCAACUUUAUUGGAGAGCACUACCCUGGUUUUUGCUUUCGGGGGUGAUAUAUUCGGCACUCGGGCAACUCCAAGUCAAGCGUUCGAUAUUCUCGGAAGCAGCUUCUCAAAGCUGCAAUUGCUGGCUACGGUGGUGGCCCUUGCAGUUGGUGUGUGGUUUUUGGCUCCAAUGGUUCGGAGCAAACAAAUUAAUCUGCUAUGGAAGAGAAUGUGAGGACCUGUGAAAUUGACACUGAAAAUGACCGCAAGUGAUGCCAUUUAAUGCUACAAUCUCGCCUUUAACUCCAGCCGCAGUUUUAAGAUCCAUCACUUGCUUCGUACCAUGAUUCUGCAUGUGUCCAGCAUUCUUAUUAUUAUUUAGACGCGAUGAUGCUAGCGCUCACUUAAUUAAACAUUCCGUUUCAACUCACAGUCAACGAAGCUCUUCUACUACGAAAUCAGACUCCUCAUUCUAUUUCAAGCGGCCUGGUCGAGCGUCAUAUAAAAUGCUCUUAUCCAGGCUUUACCCUCCCACUCCUUCGAUAAAAAAGGCGCUUUUCUAGCUCCCUUGAUAGAUUGAUCGUUUUAUAGUUUCCGUUUGCAAGGUGGCCAAUAUUCGCCUCGCUUCUUUGGAUAAUUUGUAUCAAAGCUUCGAGAAUGCCAGUAUUGUCUAUACAUGCAAAAUACCAGGUAUACCUUAC